GAAAAUCGAAAAAACAAACAACAUACAGCAACAACACAAACAGCAGCAGCAACUACAUUAAGAUUGUUACAACAAAACAAAAGUUGACAAUCAGCAGACACGUACAUAAGAACGACCUUAUCGAACUGUGCAGAACGAACGAACGACGUUGAAAUUCAUUCAUUGAAAUAUUUUUUUCAUUUUUUUUUUGUUUUUUCGCAAAUGAAUUAGUAGUUGCUGUCUUUGUUAUUUUCGCAUUCGUCGUCGAUGUAUUCGCCUCGCCGCAUUCGUGUAGAAUAAAAUAAAUGAAAAAAAAAAUACAAAUAGAAUGAAAGAAACGAAAAUAAAAAACUGAAUGAAUUUAAAAAGUGUGAAUCAAUUUUGUAUAUCUAUCCAACUAACUUAACAUAUACAUAUGUAUGUAUGUAUGUACAUAAAAAAAGUUAAAUUUAUUAAUAAAAUAAAAUUAAAUAAAUUAUUUAUUUAUUUAUUUAUGGAAACCAAAAGGAAAAUCAAGAGAAAUUUUGAUUGAGUUGGGGUUUUUAAAUGGAUUUUAAUAAAAUUUUAAUUUAAUUGAAGAAAAAACCAAGUGAAAAACGGGGAAAAGACCAACGUCAUCGAUAAAUGCGGCGAAAAAAACAAGAACAGACAAACAAAUAAUUGAAUAUCUUACAAAUAAUCAUAAAAAAAAUUUAAAUAAAAAGAAAAUAAGUGAUCUUUUACCUUAUCUCACUCUCUCUCUCUCUCUAUAUAUAUCUCUCUCACUGUAUUACCCACACAAAUACAAAAACAUAUACAUUAACGGCGAAUUAAACUUUUAGAAUUAUUUUAAAGAUCUACAACUCUGUACUCUCUCAAACGCUCUCUAACACUGGGACUUUUGGUAAGAGACUCUCGUUGAGCUCUUUUUACACUUAAACGUAGCCUAAUACGUUUACUAGUUACAACUUCAGGCACCGUGAGUCGCGUGAGAGUGGCACGCAUGCAACAAACCACCUCGACAGACAUUAGUUCGAGGUAGACAGUGCGCGAUACACAACCACUUGGAUUUAUUUCGCUUGAAAGCGUUUCUAACAAAACUGUCUCGUACCAUCGAUCGAUCCGUCGCGGGGCUGACUAACCAAAAAAAAACAACAACAAUUUUUUAUGAAAAAAAAUAAAGAAAUACCGAAUGAGUGUGCGUGUCCAUAUAAUCGAGUAUAUAUCCGCCUCAGUACGUUUUUCAUUCUGAAAAUACAAAAUAAAAAAAAAACAAGUGACCACACGGUUAGGCCUUAUAUUUAUUAUAAAUAUCCUAAUAAUUACUUUAACGAUCCGUUACCCCUUUAAGCAACGACUCAUUCAUUUCAUUUUUAUUAUAACUCGUUAAGUUUUACUACAAAUAAAUAUUCACAUGUUGUUGUACGAAAUGUUUUUUAAAAAAAAAUAAUAAAAUCGAAAAUUUUGAAAAUAGUUCAUUCAUUCAGUGCCUAAAAUAAUAAUAAAAACAACAACAAAAAUCAAUCAAAUCAUUCUGCAAGUCUGCUAAAUUAAAAAAAGGAAAACAAAUAAAAUUAAACAAAAAUAUUUCAACAAGAAAAAUAAAUAAAUAAAAUAAAAUAAAAGUAUUAUCAAAAAGAAAUAAUAAAAUAAAAUUUAUAAAAAAAGAGAAGAGGAAGAAAAUAAUUCAAAUAAAAUAAAAUGAAAUUGUGUGAAUUGAGUGUAUACACGUAUACAAAUACAAAUACGAAUUCAAAUACAACAAAUACAACAACUACAAAAUCUUCAACAUCAUCGUUGUUGUUUUCCAAGUCGUCUUCUUCAUCAUCAUCAUCAUCGUUGUCGUUCUCGUCGUCGUCUUCGUCGUGGUCGUCACCGACGUUGUUGUUUAUAUAAAUUUAUAUUGAAAAUAAUUUAUGAAUGAAUUAAAGAAAGAAGAAAAAAAUAAGAAAAAAAAAAAACAUCAACAACAACGACUCACGUCUCAUUAACAUAAAUAUGUAUAAAAGAGUAGUAUGUUCAAAUAACAAAUAAUUAUUUUAUUAACAAAAAUCAAUUUGCAAUUUCUAUUAAAAAAAAAAUAUUUGAAAAAAAAAUAAAAUCUACACACAAUUUAAAGUGAGCAAAUAUUGGGAAUUGUAUUACAAAAAUAUUGAAAAAUAUUAAAACUACACAAAAGAAAUAGAAGUGCAUGUGUUAAAUUAAAAAAUUACAAAAGUAACUACACAAAAAUUAAAAAAAAACAUAAUUUAUUUCUACAUACAUACCUACUUACUCAUAAAUAUAUAAAUACAUAUACACAAGAAAACAACAACAACAUAAAAAAACAUACAUUUAUAAAUAUACAUACAGACAGACAUACAUAUGUAUCUACAUAUGUAUGUAUAAAUGUUUGUACAUAAAAAUACUCAUCGUAUCUAUGUUUGAAUGUCUAACCAAAUAGAUGGAUGUAUGUUUUAUAUCUGAAUCUUAAAUAAGAAACCAACCAACAACAAAAACAACAGCGGCAUAUUCAACCAUCUGUCAUUUCCUGUCUGGAUUUUGUGUGGAUUAUUACAAGUUAAACACUAAAAGAUUUAAAUGAUUUUACUAUGAGCCAACAACAACAACAACUACAACAACAACAUCAUCAUUAAUUUUCUUUCUACUUCUUCAUCGUUUUUUUAUUUUCUUUUGACUACGAUUCAAUUUGAUUUGCUUCGAUUUAAAUCAUUGUGGAAUCUAUUCAAACUCAAAAUUUAAAUAUCCCAAAACAAAAAAAAUAAAAGAAUUUUAUUAAGGAUUAUUAUAAUUUCAUCGAACGAAUUUUUAUGUCAUUUGAAUUGGAUUGCUUUUUCAAAACAAUAAAGCAAACAUACUAUAAUUGCUGGACGUAGCAACAUAAACAAUACAAGUAAUCGGAGAAAAAGAAAAAUCAUCUUCAAGUAAUUGCAGAUAACAACUGUGGCCAGCCGUGUCAAGAGGAUGAGGAAAACUGAUGGUCCCCGGAGAAGAAAUCGAGGGGAUUGAGGUUUUAAACAUAAUUACUUAAACGCUACAUGGAUCGCAGAAAUGGCGGCGAUCCCUUGGCGCCUCCCCGGCCCCCUAAAUUGUUACCUAAAGUACAUCGUCCCAGAGCUCCCGAGCCGGAGAUGAUGAGCGCAGCGUCUCAAAUCACUUCACAGACAACACCAGUAGCAACAGCAUCAGUAGCAGCAGCAGCAGUAACACAAGUAGUAAACACACCUCAAUGUACAAACCAAUCAGAUUUAAGUAGAAAUAAUAAUUUGAAUCAGCCGCAUCAUUUAAGUAGUAGUAUUAUUAAUAACACAACAUCGUUGUGGUCCUCUUCAUUGGCGAACACAACGUCAACUAUUCCAACGGCAGCAGCGAGUCCAACAGCAACGACGACUCCCCUGGUUGCCAACAACAUUAGAUACAAUAGGGUCAGUUAUAAUAAUAAUCAUAUUGGUAACAUUGAUGUUGUCACCCAACAACCCACACAGUUUGACGAUUAUCAAAUACAUCAUUUAACUUUCCUACCGCAACGACCCUGCAAUCUAAGUCGAAACAACAGUCACGUUAGCUCCUCAUCGUCCUCAUCAUCUGUUACAGUUUCGAAUAGUUUUACGAGACGUCGACCACCACCGCCAACACCUGGGCUCACUGGUUCGGCCGUACCGCUACUAACAAUUAGUGGCAACAGUAGCAGCAGCAAUAACAACAAUAAUUUCCUUAAUCAUUUCCAUAGUGCAGAACCGGUACCAACGUCUCCCGUCACACUGGCGCAACCGCGACCCGAGUCCGAACGGCUCGCCAAUGAGUAUGUGGACACUCCAUUGCGAACGGCCCAACAGCUGCAGAAUGCGACACGAAUGCAACAUCCGGCCGGUCAGCAUGACAACGGUCAGACGACGACGCAUCACCUGCUGUUGUUGCCGCAGCGUGAGUUACGCCAGCAGCAGCAACAACAGCAACAGAGCCAAAGCCAUCAGCACUUACAUCGACUUGCCGGAACUGCUGGUUCAGCGAACGCAACGAUGGGUAUUGACGGCACUGACGGCCUUUUACAUUCGCAGCACCACCACCACCCACACAACCACAACAUCCACAAUCACCAAACCCAUCAUCAUCAUCAACUUCACAAUCCCAAAGCGCCAACAAAACCUGCAACGGUGACGGAAAAACUCUCGCCGAAACCCGAAACGAGGGGAUUCUUAGCGCCCGGCAUACAGCCCAUAAACCAACCGAUCACCAAACAACCCGCCUUAUCAAACACCGACAACUCUUGCAAGUUUGCAAAGGAACUACCCGCACUCGACGAGUUGCUCGACAUACACAACAUUGCAACCGGUAUAUCCACGCCGCACGGCAUGGUCUCCGCCGUCAACGGGGCCAGUCCCCUGGGUACAUCCAUUGUCAUUGGUAGCAGCGAUGCCCCCUCAUCACUCAAUCCAAUCACUUGCCCUCGCUGUGAACGCUGCCGUUGCGAACAAUGUCAGAGUCCGAGACCGCUGCCCCAGACGUGGGUCUGCAACAAAACCUGUCUCUGCAGUGCCGAGUCCAUCAUCGACUAUGCAUCCUGUCUGUGCUGUGCCAAAGCGCUUUUCUACCACUGUGCCCGCGACAACGACCUGGAUUGUGACGAUAGUUCCGGCACGCCCUGCGUCGAUAAUCCCUGCUCGUGCGGUCCCUACAAACGUACACAGCGAUGGGGUUGGCUGGGCGCUCUCUCGCUCGUGCUACCGUGUCUGUGGUGUUACUGGCCCAUGCGUGGCUGUGCAGCACUGUGCGAGCGAUGCUAUGGCAAGUUCGGGAGGCGAGGCUGUCGCUGCCAACAUAUCGGCUCCACAUCCAGCAUGUUUCCCAUUACAGCAGCCGCCAACGGCGCCAACAUUGUUGUGCUCAGCAAUGGCGGCGGUCUGCAAGGCAACACUAACGGCACAUCCAAAUCAUCAUCAGCCUCCAGCGGUACACAUCAUCAUAUUCACCACAAUGACUGCAGUACUACAAGUAGAAUCCUGCGCAAAGGCGAUCUAACACCCGAAAAACGAUUACUAGACUCCAGUCCCGAGUAUUAGAAGAAUGUAAAUAAACAGAUUGAUUGAUUGAUUCUGAUUCUGAUUCCAUAGCACACGGUCACAGUCAUCAAUGGCUGCCUUGUAACACUUUAUAGAAAAUAGGUGGUGUUUUGAAGAAGACGUUUAAAAACAAAUAAAAAUUCAAAGCAUUUAUGAUGUAAAUAAUGUAUAUGUUUAUUAAUAAUAUGUAAUAAAAGUAAAAUUAAAAUUAAAUAAAUUAAAACUAAAAUUAAAGACAAAACUAAAUUAACUCAAAUAA